UAUUUGACAGCUCAACAAGUGGCCGGUCGCUUCUACGAUUGCGAUGUUAUUUCCGUUGAUAAAGUAAAGUUUCAAACAGAUUUAAUCAAAAUGUUAACUUUUACUGUGCUUUUGUUAUGUGCUAUUUUAUUUAACGGAGUAUUUAGCUCGGCGGUGCGUUCCUUCGAGAGUUUAGAGGUGUUCCCCGGAGGCGCGCGGUACAGCGUGGAUAGUACUGUGCUGUUAAACGAUGUAGCUCGUAAAAACAGGGAGACAGGAUAUAAGAUCAAAGCCGAAUUGAACGUGGAACCGAUAUGGAGCCACGGGGACGAAGAGUUUCUCCUCAGGUUCGAUCUAUUCAGCCCGAAGCUACACCUCCGCGGGAAGCAUGUGAGUGCGGAGUUCCUCCCGCACAAGUCGGAGUGGGACUCGCACCGCAGCCGCCCGUUCUACGCACACUGGAACAAGGGCAUCAUCGAGAAUGUCUAUGUAGAGCCUGAUGAGCCCUUGGACUUUGUCAACUUUAAGAAGUCUCUUGUCAGCCUUUUCCAGUUUCAAAUUCUGGAUGGAGAGUUUACGGAAACAGACAUAUCAGGAACUUGUGAAGUGAUGUACGAGUCUCUCAGUAUUGAUGUCAUCAGGAAGUUCAAGCGCCGCUGCACAUGGCAAGGCAUAGUCAGCUCAGACUCGGCCACAGACCAACAAGGCCUAGACGCACCUUUACCCGUGCGGAGAGUUCACAGAAUAGAACUAGGAGAAGGACUGAAAGGAGUCAAGUCUAUAAUGGCGGAGGACGCGGCGGCGGCGGCGCGGGGCGCGGGGGUCGGGGUCAAGGCCAGGGCGUUCAUUCGUCUACAGCAGAUAGGCUCCGCCCCCUCCCCGAAGCCCCGGCCGUCAUUGGCUGACGCGAUUCCUGCUGGAAUGAACCAGGAAAAGCUGCCGUUGACGCCGCCGAAGGAAGAAGUUAAGCCUGUUGACCUCCGCUCCGCCCUCGGCCCGCACCGCUCCGCUCUAGAAGCCAGCGAGGCGGCGGGCGGCGGCGGCGGCGCGGCGCUGGCGCGGGCGGCGCUGCGGCUUAUACCGGUGUUUAGAGCGGCUAGUAAAGAGGCGUUGGUGAAGGAGAUGGAGGAUCCGGCUAAUGGGGAGAUACUUACGGCGUUAGUCCGGCUCCUGGGAGUCACCGCCUCACCCGCGAGUCACUCGGCCGCUCACACUCACCUUCAACUCGCAAGGAAGGCCGCCGGGGACCUGCCGCACAAGUACCUCAGCGCCGUGCCCAGAGCUCACAAUGUACAGGACUCAGUAACCCUCGAGCUGCUCCGCCUCGCCUCCAUCGCUCGCGAGCCGGCAGUGGCCGACAGCGCGCUGCUCGCCGCCGCCGCCGCCGCCGCCGCGGGGGGCGCGGGGGACGUGGGGAAGACUGUAGCGGAGGGGUUGGCCAAGGAACGGGCCAAGUGUAAGGACGACACAUGUCGCUCCACCCGCCUCCUCGCUCUAGGCUCGCUCCGGCGGCCCGACUCGCUCCCCCUCCUACUGCAGUCAGCCGGUGACAACCCGGGCAGCGCCGCCGCCGCGCUGACAGCCGUGGCCAAGGUGGCUGAGGUUCAGCCGCUGACGGGGAAACAGAUGGAGAGGGUUAGACGGAUCGCUAUGCAGUUGGAUAAGCCUUAUCCGCUUGAGGUGAGAGCACAAGCCAUAGACCUGCUGCUGACACAAGCCGCUGCGCAGUCCACGGCGCGCGGGCUGGAGCUGCUGCCGUGCCGCCUGCAGGCGCUGGCGGGGGGGCUGGCCAGGGGCGGGGAGGGGGACGCCGAGCUUAGGAGGUUCAUGUGGCAGCGCAUGGAAGCUCUCAGCGAAGAACACAAAGGAGUAAAACCGCACGGCGACGUGGUGCGGCGCAGCGAGCCCAGCCUUUACCAUUAUUACCAUCCAGGCACAACCUCCGUGCUAUCGCGCUGGGCGGGCGCAGACUCGGGCUACUCGCUGACCCUGCACAGCGCACAAUUAGCCUCAAAUGGCGUACUACGACACGGCACCGUCACGCUACAGGCCAAGACCCCAAGGAACACCACCCACGACCUCAUCACCAUCGACCUGUGGGCCACAGGGCUGGCCAACCUCGCUGGGACCUCCAAAACUGAGGAUUCAGAGGCGGAAGACGUGGCCGCAGGGUUGGCCGUCCACGCCGGCGGCGCGUUUAGCAAAGGCGUGACCUUGUUUAAUGGACAAGCGGAGUUAUUAUCAGCUGUUUGGGCUGGAACUGGCAGUGAGCCUACUCCGGUUUUGAGAGCCACUAUAGAACUACCCUACGCAGAUGACAAGCUCCCGCUAAGCACAGGAGUUUUGGUUAAAAGGUCGUGGCAUUCAGUGCUAGUUUUGGCGUUAGAUGCGCAUGCGACUGUUUCCUUAUGGGGUAGGAACGCCAAGACCGGUACUGAGUUGAGAGCGGCGGGUGUAGUGGAGGCGAGCAUGGACCUAUCUACCAUGUGGGGAGAUGUGAAGGCUGAGGCGAGCUAUGAGGCGGAACCUAAGAUGGAUAUUCAUGCGGACUUGGACUUUUAUGAUCAAGUGGCGCUGUGCGUGCGGACGGUCAUUGAUGAGUUUGAGUUUAGACGCAACGUGACCCUCACCGAACGCCUCGGCAGCACACGGCGGCUGCUGCGGCGGGCGUCGGCGGGGGCGGCGCGGGGCGCGGGCGGGGGGCGCACUCUGGCUCUGGGUCAGGAGAAUGAUCGCGCUUGCAGGGUGCUUACUCCUGCUGCUUAGGAGAUAGGUUGUGAAGUUGUAGGACUUUUGGUGCAGUGCAUUGAGGGUUGUGGGAAAUGACUUUUACUGCAAGUUUCAAUAUCCUAUCUAUCGAUAGCUCACAGUUACUUUCAUGCAAUUUUGACUUGUAUAAAGUUGCAUUCGGUCGAUAGAUAGAGUCAUUGAAACUAGAAGUUAUGUGGAAGUGAAUUUAUGUACCUAGAUGCAAUUUGUUGAUGGUUAGCGGUGGAAAGAGUUUAUUGUUUUUAAGUGGUCUGAAAUUUAAGAGCCAUGCAGAAGAUUUUGUAUUUCUCAUAAAAUGAGCGACUUUUGAGUAUGAAAUAAUUUUUCUGAAGAAUUUAAGUUAAAAUACCUAAUCAUAAUUUGAUCAUAAUAACUUGUAUCCUUGAAAUUGCAUAAUGAACAUGAAAAUUUCAA